CCCGGAGCGCAUCUGCGCCUGCGCCCCGCGCGCGAAGGGCAGGCGGACUGGGGGGACUGCAGGGACCCAGACUGGAUCAGUGAAAAAUCCAUGGUAGACAACAGCAAAAGGAGACAUGAAAAUCAUACAGCUGUUCUCUAGCCCGUCCCUGGCAGGAUCCUUUGCCCUAAGACACUGUAAUCCAUGGGUAGGCCCCAAUGGAACUAGAAGGGUAGGUCAAGGAAAGAACCUGGCAUUUCAGAGGAGCAUGUGGCAGCGGCUUGGAUGCCUGGGAUGGAAGCAGCAUUUCGAGGUGCUGAGACUAUUCAGUUCCUCCCUCCCCAAACUCAAUUCAAAUGACUGGACCCAGAAAAAAGUAAACAGCAGCUCUCCAGAGCUCAGUGAAUCAUCUUCUGUGUCCCAGCUAGACACAGAUGGAAAGGAGGAGGAAGACUUUGGGACCCUAUCUGACAAAUAUUCAUCCAGAAAAAUGUUCCGUAAAACCACAGCAGACUUUCACAACUUAAGGCUUCAAGAAUAUGAGAAUGAGGAUGAUGAGAUACUGCAGAAGCCUUGGAAGGGUCGGCGGAACACCCCCCAUUGGUAUUUCUUUCAAUGCAAGAGGCUGAUUAAGGAGGACAAGUUGGCCGAGGCCCUGGAUCUGUUCGAGAGGCAGAUGCUGAAGGAGGAACGUCUCCAGCCCAUUGAAUGUAACUAUACAGUGCUGAUUGGAGGCUGCGGUCGGGUAGGCUACCUGAAGAAAGCCUUUAGGCUCUACAAUGAUAUGAAGAAACGGGAUCUGGAGCCCACCGAUGCCACUUAUACAGCCCUUUUUAACGCCUGUGCCGAAUCACCAUGGAAGGACUCUGCCCUCCAGAGUGCCCUAAAGCUUCAGCAACAGCUCCGGGCCAAAAACAUCCAACUGAACUUGAUAUCCUAUCAUGCACUACUGAAAGCCUCUGCCCUCUGUGCUGAUACCAGGAUGUGUUUUGAGGUCUUCAAGGAAAUUGUACUUAAAGGUCAUGCCAUCACCAAAGAGACUUUCAAUUUCCUGCUCAUGGGCUGCAUACAAGACAAGAAGACAGGCUUCAGAUAUGCGUUGCAGGUUUGGAGAGAGAUGUUGAAAAUGGAGAUUGAGCCCGAUGUUCACAGUUACAAUCUGAUGCUGUGUGCAGCGCGGGACUGUGACCUCGGGGACCCUGUCGUGGCUUCAGAUUUGCUUCUGAGGAUUGACGAGAAGCCAGCCCUGCUCCCGCUGAAGGCAGACAAUCAGCACCUCGGGACAGAAACACAGGAACGCAAGGGCACCUCAGCCAAGCUGGAUGUGGACUCCCUGGAGAGGCAGCUCUUCCAGGCCCCUUCCAGGGAGGCCCUCCAGAAAGCCAGAGAGACCAAUGAGGUCCAGCCUGAGCCGGAAGAUGGCAGAGGACAACUUGAUUCCAAACCUGCUGAUUCCCUGCUCGUACUAAACCAAAGUCUGAGUAGGCCGGAGCCUGUGAAAGCUGAUUUGGCCCAGUUUUCAGAACCCGUUUGCCCUGUGCCAAACUUGCUGGAUCUCAGGGCAUCUCACCCGAAUGUGGUUUCUUUGGGGACUGUUGCUACUCCAGCUGACAGGUUGGCUUUAAUGGGUGACAUGGAAGGCUUCCUGAGGAAGAUGAAGGAGGACCACCUAGAACCCAACAUCAAAACUCUAACACUGUUGGCUGAGUUGGUCAAAUCAGACAGUCCAUCAGAGUCCACGCUGUUGGCUGUUCUGGAUGAGCACCAGGUGGAAGCUGAUGUUACAUUUUUCAACACAUUGGUGAGGAAGAAAAGCAAAUUAGGGGACCUGCAAGGGGCAAAGAAGCUGCUUCCCAUCUUGGCAAAGAAAGGAAUCAUCCCUAACAUGCAGACAUUUUGUAACUUGGCUAUAGGCUGCAUCGGGAAAAUACAUGGAUUGCAGCUGCUUGAAGACAUGAAGAAAUGCAGGAUGAUCCCCAAUGUCCACAUCUACAGCACCCUCAUCAAUAUAGCUGUGAAGAAGCUGGACUAUACAUAUCUCAUAAACAUCCUUCAGGACAUGAAGAAGAACAAGGUCCCAGUGAACGAAGUCAUAAUCCGACAACUGGAGUUUGCAGCUACGUAUCCUCCUACAUUUGACAGGUACAAAGAGAAGAAUUUCUACUUGGAAAAGAUCGAUGGUUUUCGGGCUUACUACAAGCAGUGGCUGAAAGUGAUGCCUGCAGAAAACACUCCCCAUCCCUGGGAGAAAUAUAGGACAAAACCCAAGAGUGACGAAGUUAGUGAAGAGAAGACUAAGGCAGCCAAAGGCCUGGGAGGCCGGGAAGAACAGACACUAUGAUCAUCUUCAGAGGAAUGAUGGUGUAGACCAACUUUGGGACAAUUGCCAAAACCUCGAAAUCCCAGAUUGUUAGAUGGCUAGUUAUCCACAAAGGAGACAUAAAGAAGUAGAAGCAGCAUGGGUUCAAGUGUCUGAUUACUGGCCAGAAUAUAACUGGGGUCUUAUUGCAUUAGCAGUACUACUGCAUUUUAGAGUGCUUUCAGUAGACUUUAUUACGUACCAGCUGGUUGUACCAACUUUUGUUUCCUGAGUUACUAGCCUUACAAAGUUGUUUUUUACCAGUUUUUGGAACAGUGCACCAAGAAAAUAAUGUCCAGAGGCAGCCAGGAUGUUGAUGGGCCUCAUGUUCAGAUAGAGAGAGUUAGAAUAUUUAGCAUGGAGACCCGGGUGGAGAAAACCAUGUGAUAUCAUCUCCAAGUAUUUGAAAGGAUGGCAUGUGGUUUUUGUUUUUUGGCUAGUGGCUUGCCCAGGGUCAUACAGCUAGGAA